GGCAAUUACGUAUAAGUAACAGCUUGUCGUCAUUUCUACCAAAUCCCCAUAGUACACAAACAAUGUACUACUGGUAUGCGUAGGUAUAAAUGAGCGUGGAAUAUCUUGGAUCCCGAACAUCACCAUCCUAUACUACCUACGUUCCCAAAUAUCUUCCUGCAUAGUAUCAUUCUAUGCUUUUAUAACUUAUAAUACCAUCAAAAAACUUACUUCGCCGCGAAAGUUGUCGCAAACGAAGCUCUAACUUUACCCCGCAUUUCCCAACUGCAUCCAGCUCUUGAAGCUUAUCGCGAACUCGUUUCGAGAAGCUUUAGAUCAGAGAAAGUCUUUCGCACAAAGGAAUGACUCGAGGUGCUGAAAGCAAUGAUAUAAUACACAGCUAAUGACGACAAUCAUCACAGUUUAGAUCUUUUGUUCGGAUACUUGGCACGAGAAUUGAGAUCGUUCUGGAAGGCAUUUUCCAACACUUCAUUCUUCACACGAAUUCAAUUGUUAAGACUACCUUGGAUGCAAUUUUGGGCUCCAAACACCAAUUGGGCUAUUCAAUCUUCAUUACCUAGCUACAACCACUAUUGAAAUGGCUUUGGUAGCUGCACUAUUUCUGCUAUCCAUGACUUCACUCUCCAAAGCUCAGUCAAACAUGGUACCCAUAACAUGGUCUUCCAUUGUUUACACGUAUUAUGGGGAAAUCACCCCUACGAUGAUCAAUGUCACUUCUCCUGUUCUUACACCUCUUGGAGCUAGUCAACUCUAUAACUCGGGAUCUGUCAUUCGCGACCGUUACCUAAAUUCUACCUCAACACAACUUACCCUUGGUCUACCCGUCAACGGCCUAAGUGAUCAAUAUAUUGUCAAUAACCAAUUGCAAGUGUGGAGUACCAGUGAUGAGUAUAUCGUUGGGAGUGCGCAAGCUUUUAUGCAAGGACUUUAUCCUCCCGUGACGGGUGUACAAGGAGUAGAUAGUAUUCUGGCCAAUGGAUCCGUCAUCAACUAUCCACUAGGUGGUUAUCAAUAUCCCAAUAUUCAAUCGCUGAGUUCAAUGGAUUAUAACUACAUUUGGAUUGCGGGGAAUGACCAAUGUAGAACCUACGACAUGGCAACAAAAUUCAUAAAGACAUCUCCGAAUUCCAAUUCUAUGAUGGCUAGCACUGAUGAAUUUUAUCUCUCUCUUGCAAACACCUUUUUCGCCGGAAUCGAUAGCUCUCUACUUAAUUAUGGCAACGCAAUCAACCUUUAUUACUAUGCACUUUACCAAUAUAAUCAUAAUAGCUCUAUCUAUGACAUGACCAAUUCAUUCGGUCUUCUGGAGACUCUGAAUGGUUUUGCAUCAGAACAGGCUAUCUCUUUCAAUACACCUAGCACAGGAUCCAGUAUUCAAUAUAUAGCAGGUCAAACUUUUGCCUCCAAAAUUAUCCAACAGUUUCAACAGACCAUUUCGAGCUCUGGGGUCAGCGACAAACUAUCCCUUUACUUUGGUUCCUACGAACCAAUGUUGGCCUUCUUUUACCUCUCAUCCCUCUCAACCUCAGAUCUCACAAGGAGGCGUUUCUCCAGAUUGCCAGAAUAUGGAAGUAUGAUGGCCUUUGAGCUAUUCAGUUAUGUUGAAGAAGGACAAUCUAAUUCAUCCAAUUCAUUCCCAGAAGCGACUGAAUUAUGGGUUAGGUUUUUGUUCAGAAAUGGAACCUCGGAUACCAACCCUUUGAUAUCUUAUCCCCUUUUCAAUCUUGGCAAUUCAGAAAUCGACAUCAAGUACAAUGAUUUUGUCGCCGAAAUCGGAAAGUUUGCUAUCAAUGAUUUGAACGCCUGGUGCAGCUCCUGUGGCUCUAUCUCGUUAUUCUGCGCAGCCAUUCUCAGUAACGAGCCUUCCAAUUCCGCUUCAAACAAUACUAAAACUUUUGGUUCAAAGGGUGUCAACGGUGUAGUUGGUGGCAUUAUUGGGGCAGUUGUUACAUUGGUAGUUGUGAUGCUUAUUGCAUCAAUUCUUGCAAUAUUUGGGUUCAGAAUGCACCGUCACGACAAGACGAUUUCCAACUCUGCAGGAGGAGUUGGAAUUGCGAAACGAGGCUCGUCCGCGAGUGGGGGUGGUUUUAAAGGUCCCGAGAAGCUCGCGUCCGACACAGAUCUUAAUAUAGUAAAAGGACCUGGAGUUGGUGCUACCACGAGACACGAAAGAGUCGGCAGUUGGGAAAUGGGCAAUGCAUCUAGUAAUAAUGCCAACAGUGCCGAAGGAGCUGGACUGAGACAGGAGAGAGUAGUGAGUACCGCGGACUACAGCAGGAGAAGCGAAGACGGAAUCGGAAACCACAAUCCUUGGGGGAAGGGUGUCCAGAGUGAAGACUAUGUUUAAUACGUGGCACUCUUUUGUGUAUUCCAUGCAGGAGGGAUCUUGUCCUGCAUCACAUUAGCCUUUGCCAAAAUCGUGGUGUUUGAGGAGUCUUGACUGUAAGUGUGGAGUUGACAGUCAGCAUAGAUGAAAAGAUAUUGUGAUCGCCUGAUAUCAAUCAAGUAAGCCCAAGAAGUUAGAGGAUGUUAGUUUCAGGAGACAAAUAUGAUAGACCAAUACCAUACUUUCUCUCUCUGUUUCCCGAUCCACAAUACUGCGUUCUAUCUAUUCUUCUACA